AUGACGAGUGCGGCACUGCAACCUGGGUCGGCAUCUAUCAGUCUUCCUCCGAUCAGCAGCAUCGAGUUCCACACGCAAAUUCUACGUCGGUCGUCGCCAGAAGUGGUACAACCGCCGCCACCUCCUCCGCCUCAAGCGCCACGUGUACUACCACCGCUGCCGUAUCCCUACGCAGCACGACCUGCACCACCCCCUCCACCACCACCUCAUAUGCAUCACGGCUACAUUGACACGAGACCUCUAUACCCGGGAAUACCGUCGUCAUACCAGCCGAUGCCAGGGCGCAUGCCUCUGCCUUCAUCGACUGAUCCUAACUUGAUUGUCCAUCAACCGCGACACAAAGCCAAAGAGGUGAAGAGGCGGACGAAAACAGGGUGUCUUACAUGUCGGAAACGGCGUAUCAAAGUGAGUUUGGCCAUUUUCUUAUUCUUGUCUAUCUGCAAAGUGUGUGCUUUGGAGGGCGCCGUCGAAUUCGAUCGUCAUCUUAUGCUUUCAAACUCAUGA